AGUUGUCUUCACAAUAUACAUUCACGGAGACUGACCCAUGACAGCAAUGACCAGCAAAAUGGCAAUGGUUCUGUUUGGCGCUGGUCUGCUCGUGCUAUACGCACCUUACGCUGGUGCCCAAGAGAUAAGUAUUCCAGGGUUCUCUUUUGGGCCAGUGGGUGGUGACGAUGGUGCUCAAGAGACAGGGAUCCCCGAAUCCCUUCCAGAGACAGUGGGUGGUGACGAUGGUGCUCUAGAGACAGGUAUUCCGGAAUUCCUUCCUGGAACUGUGGAUGGCGACGAUGGUGACUUGGGAGGCGCCUUGCCGAUUGGAAUGGGGCCAACCGUCGAAACGAGCAGCGAGAGCAGCACUUCUACAGAACAGCCGGCAACAGAGACCGAGGCCGAGUCCGAGGCGUCUACCGCCGAACAAGAAUCCCGUGUGGGCAAAGGCAACUCGAGGCACAUCACAAACUCAAGGACUGCAUCUCACGCCAAAGCCAGGACACCUGCUAAAGCCAGGACAGCUGCUAAAGCCAGGACAAUAGCCAAAGCCAGGGCAGCUGCCAAAGCCAGGACAGCUGCCAAGAAGGCAGGCAGAGCAGUGCACAAGGCGUGAUCACAACUUUAACCUGGAUUCUGUGACUCCAUGAAAGCAACUAAUAAAUGAUUAAAUUAUA